CAGUAAACCUGAGAAAACAGGCUGGAACCAGCCUGUGGAAGCCUUUAAAUGUGAAACAACGUGCUUGUAUUUUAUCAAAGAGGCAAAAGGGAAUCACUGAAACUUCCUGAGUAGUGCUUUCAAUGGAUUUUAAAAUUGAACAUACUUGGGAUAGUCUGCCAGUAUCCCAUGAGCCAGUGUGGAUCCGGCUGAGUCCCGGUGAUGGAGGAUUGAUGAUGGAAGUGAAGGCUCCAUUUUUUAAUGAUCCUCCAGCCCCACCUGGAGAGCCAGGAAAGCCUUUUGAAGGACUGUGGGAUUAUGAAGUGGUGGAGGCAUUUUUCUUGAAUGACAAAACCCAGCAAUAUAUAGAAGUUGAACUUUGUCCCCAUGGACAACAUCUGGCGAUUUUACUAACUGGGAGAAGAAAAUCAUGGAAACGAGAGCUUGCUUUGUCGUUUGAGGUGUCCAGACAUGAGAAUGCAUGGGAAGGAAAAGUUCAUCUUCCUUGGAGUUAUUUUCCUCCUGGUGUAGAUAAAUUUAAUUCAUUUGCAAUUCAUGGAUCAAAAGCGGGAAGAACUUAUGAAGCACUUUACCCCAUACCUCAAGAUGAAAUACAAAAAGGACAGGAACCUGAUUUUCAUCGCCUGGAAUACUUCAAGUCUUUUAGUUUGAAUACAAUUUUUGGAAAGGAGUGGAAACAGCCUGCAUCAGACCUUUGGAUGUCACAGAAACCUAUGCCAAAAGAGGAGAGUAAAUAAUUUCAUUUCUGUUUUCUGCCUUAUUGAAAAAUCAACAAAUUAGAAGCUGUAGCCUCUUAAAGAAAACUGUGACCGUUUAAACAAUACAUAUUUACAAAGAUGAUUUUAUAAAGGAGUUUUUGAAGAGCUAUAUAGCUACAUAGCAAAUAGAAUAGUGCACAAGAUAAUAAAAUGUUUAUGAUCGAUCUUGUCUCUACAAGUAAAUCAUUUCCUGGAGGUGAAUAUCCAAGAAGUCAUCAGCUAAGAAGCCAGCAACCUCCCAGCCACUUAUCUAUGCAU